GGACCGUCUCUGCCAAGCGCCUGUUGGCAGGAACUUGCUUGGUCGAGUCUGUGGGGCUUGUAGGUGGCUGUGGCUGAAGCAGUCGCCAAGGAGAGUCGGUAGCAGGGAAAGCGCCAUGGACGAUCAGGGCUGCCCUCGGUGUAAGACCACCAAAUAUCGAAACCCGUCCUUGAAGCUGAUGGUGAAUGUGUGCGGACACACACUCUGUGAAAGUUGUGUGGAUUUACUGUUUGUGAGAGGAGCUGGAAACUGUCCUGAGUGUGGUACUCCACUUAGAAAGAGCAACUUCAGGGUACAACUCUUUGAAGAUCCCACUGUUGACAAAGAGGUUGAGAUCAGGAAAAAAGUGCUAAAGAUAUACAAUAAAAGAGAAGAAGACUUUCCUAGUCUAAGAGAAUACAAUGACUUCCUGGAAGAAGUGGAAGAAAUUGUUUUCAACUUGACCAACAAUGUGGAUUUGGAUAACACAAAAAAGAAAAUGGAGAUAUAUCAAAAGGAAAACAAAGAUGUUAUUCAGAAAAAUAAAUUAAAGCUGACUCGAGAACAAGAAGAACUGGAAGAAGCUUUAGAAGUGGAACGACAGGAAAAUGAACAAAGAAGAUUAUUUAUACAAAAAGAAGAACAACUGCAGCAGAUUCUAAAAAGAAAGAAUAAGCAGGCUUUUUUAGAUGAGCUGGAGAAUUCUGAUCUUCCUGUUGCUCUGCUUUUGGCUCAGCAUAAAGACAGAUCUACCCAAGUAGAAAUGCAACUUGAGAAACCCAAACCUAUAAAACCAGUGACGUUUUCCACAGGCAUCAAAAUGGGUCAGCAUAUUUCACUGGCACCUAUUCACAAGCUUGAAGAAGCUCUGUAUGAAUACCAGCCACUGCAGAUAGAGACAUAUGGACCACAAGUUCCUGAUCUUGAGAUGCUAGGAAGACUUGGGUAUUUAAACCAUGUCAGAGCUGCCUCUCCACAGGACCUUGCUGGAGGCUAUACUUCUUCUCUUGCUUGUCACAGAGCACUACAGGAUGCAUUCAGUGGGCUUUUCUGGCAACCCAGUUAACCAUUUAUAAGAUUUGGACCUUGGAGCUGAACCAGGGAGCUAGUGAAAGUAAAGCAGACUUGUAAAGUUAUAGCUAUAUGCAGCUGCACAACACAGUUCUACCACUAGCAGCUGUGUUAAAGUAUAUAAAGAACUAAGAUGAGUAAUAUAAGGAAUAUAUAUUUGUGAAAAAGAUUUUUUACUUAUAUUUUUCAGAGGAUUUGACACAAUAAGCCUCAUCUGAUGGAAGAGAGGAAUAAAUAAUUCACCCGUAUGUGUUUGAAGUUGGACUUAUAAAAUCUUUUUAAAAAAUAAAGCUAGAAUUUAUGUUAAG